AUGAAGCUGUUCGGUCUCGUCAUGUUGGUGAUGGCAGUGCUAGCCCUGCUGGGCGGCGCUAGUGCCAACCCUAAGGGCAUCGGUGGCGCCCUCAGGAAGGGCGGGAAAGUUAUUAAACACGGGCUCGGUGUGAUCGGUGUCAUCGGCACCGGCCACGAGAUCUACCAGCAGAACCAUAAUUAG